UUGCAGCAUUGUUCUGAAGAAAGCCAAACGCUAGAAAUUGAGUUCAGUGGAUCUACUGCUUUUUACCAGCGUUGGUUGCUGCUGAGAGGAGUCCUUCAACUGCAUUAGGGUGUGAUUGGCAUGAUUACAGUUGUAACUGGCUUGGCAAGAACCUAAAUGGAUUCACGAAACACUCCCUAUCGCUCUGAGGUGGCCCGCUGGUCCCCAGAUGACUUGGCAGACUACUUCAGGAGGUUAAACUUCAAGGACUGUGAGAAAGUUGCCAAGAAACACAACAUAACUGGACAAAGAUUCCUGAACAUGUCUGAAAAUGAUAUUCAGAAGUUUCCAAAGCUAAGAAUGCCAAUUCUAAGCAAGCUGAGCCAGGAAAUAAAUCGACAUGAAGAGAGAAAGGGUUUCUUUCAAAAACGGACACAAACACAGAAGAUUCCUGAAAAUACAGAAUAUAGACAAGAGGAGGGUGAUGGCUGGUCUUCUUUUGAUGAAAGUGAUGAUUAUGUAAGUCCAGAUGAAGAUGACCCUGAAGGAGGUGUAGACUAUGAAACACCCAAUGAUCAAGAUGGCGUUGAUGAUGGAAAUGAUGCAGAUUAUGAACCUCCUCCAUCCAAUAACGAUGAUACACUUCGUAAUGUUAUAUUUCCUUCAAAACCAAUACCAGCCACCUCAGAAUACAUAGACAGACCUACAACAGAUAGAUCCAAAACGUCUCUCCAACCUCCUCUUCCACCACAGAGACCUGUAUCCUCCCCUGUCCCAGCAAUGUGCAGAGGCAGAGGCACUGUGCAGCCACCUUUCCUUUCUCCUUUGAACAAUAAUGAAAGCAAUAGAGAAAAAAGCAUUCGGUCCUUUAAACCUCCAGCUCCUUCUGUGGAUCGAAGCAAAAAGCCCCCCUUGGAUCGUUCUGGGCCGCCAUUUGAAAGAGACAUCCUAGGAGCAGGGAAAACAUAUCCUGAAAUGUCUUUGACACCACAGCUCAGAUCGCUGGGGCAAGAGUUAGCAAAGAUACAGAAGCCUCCUGUGCCAUCAACAGACAGACAUGAAAGAAACAUUCCUCCUUCCCGAAGGAAGCCACCACCCAUUAUGAGCAAUCACACCACAGAAAGAAAGACAGAAAUUGAAGAUGGCAAUGUUCCCCAAAGGCCAGUUCCACAGCCAUCUUUGCAGCCCUUUAACACAUUCCCUUCCAGAUCCAAGCCGCAAUCUAAACACAGUCCUUUGCCACCCAGGGGUAUGCCAGAUGCAUAUACAGAAAGCACUGCUUCAACAACUGUCUCACUACCACCACGACUUCAGUCAAGCAGCAUUCCUGCAACUUAUUCCAAAGGUCCAGAUGAUGGAAGACCUCCAUUACCAGUUCCUAACAGACCAACCACACAGUUUUCUAAAGCUGAGAAUGAAGAGGUGGAACGAUUCAAUAAGAAAUGGUAUGCAGCUGAUAUCACCCGGCCAGAAGCAGAAAUUGCCCUUAGAACUAUUAACCAGGAUGGCACUUACUUAGUAAGAGACAGCUCAAGAAAAACUCCUGAGCAACCCUAUGUUCUGAUGGUGCUUUACAAUAACAAAGUGUACAAUAUUCAGAUACGUUACCAGCAGGAGUAUAAGCUCUACUUCCUGGGAACUGGAAUGAAAGCAAAUGAGGAAUUUACUUCAGUGGCUGACAUUAUUGAUAACUUCACAAGAAUGCCCUUGCUACUGAUAGAUGGAAAAGAUCGGUGUUCAAGGAAGCAAUGUGUGUUAAAAUAUGCUGCUGGAUGUCUUUAGAAGAAAAUUUCAUACAGAACCAAUUCAAGUUCCACUUUAUGUUUCUUUAAAAGACCCAGAAGGAAGAAUAAAUAAUUCAUAACUGAGAUAACAUAAUCUCUUAUUGACAUGUCAGAAUGCAAAGUCCAUUCUUUGUCUUAGGUUUUCAAAUGUUGCUCCAGCUUUCCCCUCAUUUCAUUAUUUCUCACCGAUUAAUGGAAUAGUUUUGUGUGCAUGGAACCCAUUGUCUGAAAUACACAUUGGAUGAACUGAAAAGAACUUCAGAACUGAGUUUUUAUUAUUAUUUUAUAUUUUUUCUUGUAGAGCAGGGCUUCCCAGUCUUGGGGCGUGACAUGGCAUUUCAGGGAGUGUGACAGAGUGGGCUGUGUCCUUGAGGGAUGAGUCACAAGCCAUCACUCAAUGUUUUCAGAAUAAAUUAGAAUAU